AUGUUGCACCAUCCUCCUCGCUCGAUGCAUCAUCAUCACGAUCCUUUCCACUUCUCCAGUAGUCCGGAGAGGUUGGUGACACGUCCCAACGUCGCCACACGUCCCAACCCUUAUACUGUCAAGUCUCAAAACACGUUCUACACUUCGCUGCGCACAACCGCUCAGCUCUCUUCCUUUGAUCCGCAACUCAGCACACCUUCCUUCACACGUUCAUCCGCCAACCAAUCUCGCACCAUCGAAAGUCUCUACAGCUCGCUCGAAGUUGCGACUCGCUCGCCAAGAUGCUCCUCCAAGCCGCAACUCACCCCUGAAAAGCGCUGCCCUUUGCUCACCAUGGUUAAACCCAAGCCAAGGCCAGUCAAAGCAAUGGCCCUUAGCGCAGAAGUAGCUGCUGCAAAGCGCUUAAGCUCUCCCAAGUUGGCUUCGGCAGCUGCUGAGAAGCGACAGCGGAACGCGCUCGAAGCCGUUCAGCAGAACACAAAGGUGGUGAAGAGGUCACACUCCGAAGUCCGCAGGAGGUCUGAGUCUCCCGCUCUCUCCUCCUCGCCACUAUCACCAACGCCAGUACGCCAUCCUGCUCCAAGGAAGCCGGUUAUGCAAGUGCCGAGAAUCACCAUCCGCCCGCCUACUCCUGAGCCCGAGCCGCAUCUCGACCGCCUGCUCAGAAGAAAAGCCAACGGUAGCGUCGAUGCCCAAGACUCGAAUGCACCGCUGUACAGCAACUCACUACUUCGCGGCCUCAUCGCAGAUCUCUCCAAUGUAGAGGACGGUAUCGACGAGAUUCUCGCCAAGUACCUGGAUGUCCGCAAAUGCGCACGUCCUCUCAACGUCGAGCUGCUUCGAUAUCUCACUACCUCCAUCUGCAGGCUGUGUUCCUUUGUCGAGGACCCUGAUUCCGAACUCGGACUGCCAACUUUCCGCGCCAUCAGUAGCCAGCUUUUCAGACAUACCAUCACUGGUUUCUUCCACUUGCUCGACGAUACACUGGCUCCUUACGCUACCGCCUCAAGUCUUGCUCUCGUCUCGGCCAGGAUCCUCGAGGACUUUGACAAGGCUAUGAACUAUUGUUGCCGCCUCGCCAAUGUUCCCAGCGAUACCCACCAGCGAAUUAAACACGGUCAAACCUUCUUACGUGUGCUCAACGAGGAGCUCGACAAGAUACUUGAUCGCGGCCUUGCUCUGACCGACAUGUACAAUAAGCUUGCUCUCCCUGGCAGAGGUCCUCCCAGCUUUCCAGACUUCACUGGUGAUGUCAGGAACAGCGAUGAUGAUCCCUCCUCCUCUGCAGGGCCGAGCGCAUGGGAAAGACGAGCACGAUGGGUCAAGAAGCAAGCACAGGAAGGCAACCGGCGCGAUCAAUUUGUCGGCAUCGACGUGGUCAGGUACAUUGGAGAGUUGGCCCUUCACAAGGUCGUUGGUCCCUCAGUGUUGACCAGUUGGCUCGACCGCUUCUUGACAGGCACUGUACAUCUCGACAUCCCUUCCGCAUGGGAGAUCGAAUGCGCCUGUGCCCUUCUCAUUACGGUGGGCGAGAUGCUAGAUCGGAAGACAGAAUCGAAGCAUGUCUCUCUUUCCCCCGCAGAACCGGCCAUGAGUCAGGCGGGAUCGAGUCCGACUGCGUCGUCUUCAAAAAACCAAAUGAAGGCCGGAAACGUCGAUGUAAACCUGCAAGAGAAUCAAGGUUACAAGAGCUUAGAGGCGGCAAUGAACAGGAUUGACUACCUUGUCAACAAAUCUGACAUUAGCGAUUCGGCUCGCGAGUGGUUGAUCGAAGUGAAACAACUACGUCAAUCUGGAUGGAACCGCGAGUCGGAUUUGGACUCGUUUGACGACUACAGGCUCAGGGAUUGA